CUUCUCAAAUAAUAAUCUUUUACGGAGACGAUGAAAUCCUUUCAAAUGGCUAAUGCUAACAAACCCAUUUCGCUUUCGCCAAAUUUCAUCCUUCCAGAGGACAAAAGACCACAACUUGUACAGAUAUCCUCCUUGGCCUCCAUUCCUGUCAUCGACUUGAACGAUGGCCCAUCCGCCUUGGUUCAGAAAAUAUCACAAGCUUGUGAGGAAUACGGCUUCUUCCAAAUCAUCAACCACGGCGUCCCUGAAGAGUUAUGUGCCAAAACCAUGGCCGCCAUCACCCAAUUUUUCGAGCUGCCUCCUGAAGAAAGAGCAGAGUUUUCCACACAAGACCAUACCAAACGAGUAAAACUUUUCAACUAUUUCCUCAACCUUGAAGGCCAACAGAAAGUCAGCAUGUGGAGUGAAACCUUCUCUCAUCCUUGGCAUCCGGCUGACGAUCUCACCCAUGUCUUGCCAAAAAAUCCACCCAACUACCGAGAGGCUUUUGCUGAGUAUGCAAAGGAGAUGGGCGGCUUGAUGAAGAGGCUUUUGAGCUUGAUUUCCCUAGGGCUUGGGCUGGAGAAAGAUUGCCUGCGGAAAAGGCUGGGCGACGCGCCUAGACUAAACGCGCAAUCUAAUUUUUAUCCGCCAUGUCCGGACCCUGAGCUGACCUUGGGGCUGGCUGUUCACACUGAUCUUGGGGCGGUAACGGUGCUCCGGCAAGCAGAAGGAGUGAGUGGCCUCCAAGUAAUCAAAGAUGGCAAAUGGGUCGCCGUUGAUCCCAUUCCAAAUGCAUUUGUCAUCAAUCUGGGUGAUCAGAUUCAGGUGAUGAGUAACGGACGGUUUAAGAGUGUGCACCACAGGGCUGUAACCAACAAAGCCCAGCCACGAGUGUCACUGGCAAUGUUUUACGCACCGGACAUGGACGCUGUCAUUGGUCCGAUAGAGGAUUUGAUUGACGAGGAGCAUCCUCCAAUUUAUCGUAACUAUCGUUAUGCAGAGUUUCUUGAAGAAUUCUACAGGCAAGAAGGAACAAGGCGAAUGGCUAAGGAAGCUUUCCUCUUGUGACCUUGUCAGAAUAGGAAACAGUACCUUGCCUUAUUUGCUUUAUUGUCCCUUCAAGCUGUCAUAGUUGGCAUUUAAAUUAAGACAAAUCUUUCCUUUUUCAAUCUUAUUGUUGCAUCCAUCGUCAUCAACGUUUUCUCCUGUUUGUUUUUCUC